GCUGAAAGUCCUGAAAAGAAAACAAAAUGGAAAAAGAAAGCUGCAAAAGAGUUGGCUUUGGAUACUAAACGAUUAUCUAAAGCAAAAAUACAUCACUGAUGACAAUACAUUAUUAGACAGAUAUGAUAAGUAUUGCAAAGAAACAAGCUGGCUAUUAAGAGAUUUGACAGCCCUGUUACAUCAUGAAAGGUCAUGGAGAGUAUCUGGUUACGUAUAUCCAACUAGACGGAAAAAUAAGGGAAACAGACGAAAUCAACAUGGUCGUGCUUCCAGCUCUCAAGCUGCUGAGAGUGCACAGAACCAGCCUCCUAUACAAGUAUCUGAUGCUAGUAAUAGAGACUUAGAUCUUCCACCUGGACAACUGGUGGUGACCUCAUCAAGGUCAACAUUUAAUGCAUUCGCCAACAACUUAUCAUCUCCUACUCCCAGCUCAACUGUAUCUAUAGAUUCAGAGAGGACAUUGAGAACGAGACUACGUCGCGAGUUACCAGAUAGUCGUUUCAGCAGAGCGCAGCAGCGACCAAAACACCCUGAGUACUCGGAUCAACCAGCUCGACAGCGGUCUUUCACUAACUGGCCAGCAACAACAGGGCAGGAUCCUGCAAGAAUGGCUAUCUAUGGAUUCUUUUACACAGGGAGGUUGGACCUGAUAAGGUGUUUCCAGUGUGGUAUUGGUCUUAAGGACUGGGCGGGUGCGGACGAACCUCUGUUUGAACACAUAAAACAUUCUCCAGAUUGUAGCUUCCUAAAAGAUCUUCUCGGACAAGAUUUGUUUAUUGCAUAUAGAGAUAAUCUGCAGGCAAGUCAAUCACAACAGGCGGGCAACACUGCUACAACUGCAGGGAGUGAGAGCACUGCAGCAAGAGUCAGGAACCCUCAGUUUAAGGAGAUGCCAGCAAGAUUAAGUUCAUUUGACAAAUGGCCAACCACUGCACAACAAAGUCCACAAAGGUUGGCUGAUGCUGGCUUGUUUUACACAGGAAUGAACGACCUCUGUAGAUGUUUCACAUGUGACGGAGGGUUACAGCGCUGGGACGCAGAUGACGAUCCUUGGAUAGAACAUGCCAGAUGGUUCCCACAAUGUCAGUAUGUGAGACAGAUUAAAGGGCAGGAAUAUAUCAACAUGGUACAGCAGGCGGCGGCACAGGCUCGUGCUGAAGAAGAGGACCCAUCUGUUAUAAUUCCUGCAGUAGCACAAGGGGCUGGAAGAACUGGACCUGUGCAACAAGGGAUGGAAGACUUGAACUUAGAAGACAAUAGUCCUCUGAACACAUACGCUGCUCACUCUGUGAUUGGAAUUGGUUUUUCUCGACGUGCAGUUUUGAUCGCUAUCGAUGAAUAUAAACGUCAAGCUGCUCCUGGUAAAGAGAAUGACUAUGGUUCCACAGAUCUUGUGCGGAUUCUUAGAGAUCGUGAAGCAAGAGGCGAGGCCUUGCCCCCAGAUUCACCCAUGGACACCUAUCUUGGAGCCACAGCUGCUGUUUUGCUUCCUGAAAACUUGGAUCCCGAGGAAGAAAAUCGCCGACUUCGAGAUAUAAUGAAAUGUAUGGUAUGUCGAGAGAAUGAUACAAACAUUUUAUUUUUACCCUGUACACAUCAUAGGAUGUGUGAAGAAUGUGCUGAAAAAGUUCAAGUUUGCCCAGUGUGUGACCAGAAAAUCUCUGAAAAAAUUAAAACAUACUUAUCGUAACAAAAUUAAUGAUCCAA